AUGUGGCAAACCUGGUGGCCAAGCAGGUCUGGAGCAGGCCAAGGCCAAGAAGAAGCUGGCAAAGGUGGACAAGGAAAAGGUUCCAGCUCAAAAGGCAAGGAGCCUGAGAAGGCUGAAGAAGCAGCAAAGAAAAAGGAAGAAGAAGGACAGGGAAAGGCUGCAGAAGAAGAAGCCCCCCCACCCCCCCCUCCCAAGAAGAAGCCAGAAGAAGAAGAAGCAGCCAAGAAAGAAAAAGAGAAGGAAGAAGCAGAGAGGGUCCUGGAUGUUGUGUUGCUGGAAAAACACAACACUGAUCUGGCACAGGCCCAAGGAGAACUAGAUGAAGCACAGAAAGAUGAAAAUGAAGCCAUGGAGGACCUCACCCAAGCUCGAAAGGAAGCUUUCCUGGUUCAUGAGAAGGCCAGGGAGAAGGGGGAGGUGUGGGAAGCUGCACAAGCCAAGAGAAUCCAGAAGCAAAUAGAGAGGGAUCCCUUGCAGCAAAAAAUUGAAAAGGUGCAGAAGAGGCUGGCAGAAGAAGAGGCAAGGAAGAAGGAGCUGGCCAAGAGGCUCCAAGAGGAGGAAGAAUUGAAGCUUGAGGAAUGGAAGGAUGCUGGUGCAACAGAUGACCUGUGGAGCCAACCAAGCAGGCCUGGGAAGGCCCAUGCAGCACAAGGUGGCUUGGGCUCCAUCCAGUUUAGGGAUGAGAUGAGGGCCUUCCACCAGGACAACAUGCCAGAGAUCUCCUUCCAAGGCUUCAUGGAGAGCUUGAAGGAGAAAGCUGCAGAGAAGAGUGGACUGGUGGCUGGCUCCAAAGAAAGCCACAGGAGCUUCUUGAGGAGAGCCUUCCGGGAGAGCCCCAGGCCAAAGCACAUGCCCUUCAAUGCCUGGCUGAAAGGCCUGCUCUCUGAUGAAGAUGAAGAGAUGGAAGAUGAGGAAGAAGGCUUGGAAGAAGCUGAGGGCAAGGCAAAAGGGAAAGGAAAAGGAGAAAAAAAUGAAGACAAAAAAGUGGAGGAUGAGGAGAAGGCUGCUGCCAGCAAGAGAAAGGUGGAGGACAUCUGCACUGGCUGGCUGCCAGACCAGUUCUUUCAAGAGAAUUGGAAAUACUUCAAGCAGUGCCACCAGUGCCACAUCUGGUCCUAUGUGGGGAAGAGUCUGGAGGCUGAGAAGCCUGGUGGCCCUGAAGAAGAAGGGGCUGGUGGGAUUGGCGCUGGAAUUCCCGUGGCAUUGACGACUGAGACCCGUCGGAAUUUGGAGCUUCCGUUUCUUCCAGCACCCAAUGGAGAAGGAGCUUCGAUCUUUUUCGGCGACUGGCUGACCAUGGCCUUUCCGCUGGUCUUUUGCAUUUUGAUAGCUGCUGGCUGGGAAGCCAAGACUUUUGCAUCUUGGCAGCUGCUGGCUGAGAAGCCAGGCAACCACCUUGCCUGUCAAAAAAAAGGAAAAGGUGUGAAAAAGAAUGGCCUCACUCAAGAGAAUGUGAAGACUCACCAAGAGCUGCUGGGAAGCAGCCUGAAGGACUCUGAACAGGUGUCCAAUGCAAUUCUGGCCUUGCCAGAGGAAGAGCAGCAACUUCUUUGGAAGAAGUUCGAGCAUUCAAGGAAGAGUGCAGGAGAGCAGGAAGACAAAGUCUACAAAGCAAACACCCAAGGAGUUGGCAGCCUUGCCAAGAAGAGGAAACUUUUGGUGAGCUGGGUGCUGGACAAGGGAGAGCUCAAGGAUAACUACAGGGAGGCCUUCUUGAACAUGGAGCAGUCCACCACCAACAGGGUGGAGCUAGGCUUCAAGACCUGGCAGCAGAUGAAGACCAAGUAUGGUAAGGCUGAAGCCUUGAGUCGCUUGAAGGCAGGAACCAUCAAGUGGAGGCACUCCCCAACUGAUGGCCGCUUCAUGGAGUUCUGGGACAGUGAUGAGAAGGUGAUCACAGACAAGAAGAAAAGCACUAUGUUGCAGCUUCAUGCCAAAGGCAAAGCCAUCAAAGGAGAGGAUUGGCUGAAGCAUGACUCCAUGCUCAUGGAUGAUUUCCAGCUUGAAGGACUUGGGGCAGUCAACAAGAAGGCCCUGGAGAACAUGGAGCCUGAGCUGCAGCAGUUCUUUGGAGAGAACAAGGGCAAGAAGCAGAAGAAAACCGAUAAGGGAGAAGACAGCAGCUCAGAAGAGAGUGAUGCCAGCUUCAAGAGUGCAAAGACCAAGAAGACAAAGGCCAAAAAUGAAAAAUGGGAAGUGAUGUCCCAAGUGCAAAAGGCUGAGGACAAAGACACUCUGAAAAAGAAGCUGGUAAGCUUCCAAGCAGAGCUCACCAAGGACCAGGCUGUGCUGACCGAGAUGGUCAUGGAUUUGAAGAAAGACAAGGACAGUAAGUCUGAAGUGAAAGAAGCCAAAGAAGUGAUGGCUCAACUGGAAGGCUGCCUGAAGAAGCUGGAGGCUGCCAAGAAAAAUCUGAAGAAGGAGGACUGCAAGGCUGUGCUGCUGAAUGCCUACAAAGUCAUGGUGGCUGGAAAGAAGGCCAAGACCAACUGCAGAAAGAAGAUCACCAAGGCCAAGAAAGCCCAGAAUCCUUCAGAGGAGGGGUAG